ACUCGUGGAGCGAGCGCCGUUGUGUUGGAGCAUAAAAAGCCCGCCGUCAUGUGGUCGGUCUUCCUCUCCGCCUCUUCUCGGCCAUCUGGCAGCAGCGCUCACUCGGCCCUCGCCCUCCUCCAAACACCUGAAAAUGACUGAGAAACUCCCCUACAAAGUUGCUGACAUCGGCCUGGCUGACUGGGGACGCAAAGCCAUCGCCAUCGCCGAGAAUGAGAUGCCUGGCCUGAUGAAGAUGAGGGAGCUGUAUGGCCAGAGCAAGCCUCUGAAGGGUGCACGCAUCGCAGGCUGCCUCCAUAUGACCCUGCAGACUGCCGUGCUCAUUGAGACCCUCACCGAACUGGGAGCUGAGGUCCAGUGGUCCAGCUGCAACAUCUUCUCCACACAAGAUCACGCUGCCUCUGCCAUCGCCAAAGCUGGAAUCCCAGUGUACGCAUGGAAGGGCGAGACAGACGAGGAGUACAUGUGGUGCAUCGAGCAGACCCUGUACUUCAAGGACAAUCAGCCCCUCAACAUGAUCCUGGAUGACGGCGGAGACCUCACCAACCUGGUGCACCAGAAGUACCCCAAGCUGCUGGCAGGAAUCAAAGGACUGUCUGAGGAGACGACGACCGGCGUCCACAACCUUUACAAGAUGAUGAAGAGUGGGGAACUCAAGGUUCCCGCCAUCAACGUCAACGACUCCGUCACCAAGAGCAAGUUCGACAACCUGUACGGCUGCAGGGAGAGCCUGAUCGAUGGCAUCAAGCGCGCCACCGACGUCAUGAUCGCCGGCAAGGUUGCUGUGGUGGCUGGGUACGGAGACGUCGGCAAAGGCUGUGUCCAGGCUCUGCGCGGCUUCGGUGCUCGCGUCAUCGUCACAGAGAUCGACCCCAUCAACGCUCUGCAGGCUGCCAUGGAGGGUUACGAGGUCACCACCAUGGAUGAAGCCUGCAAGGAAGGAAACAUCUUCGUCACCACCACCGGCUGUGAGGACAUCAUCAUGGGCCACCACUUUGAGAGCAUGAAGGACGACGCCAUCGUCUGCAACAUUGGACACUUCGACUGUGAAAUCGACAUGGCCUGGCUCAACAAGAACGCUGCAGAGAGGAUCAACAUCAAACCUCAGGUCGACCGCUAUCGCAUGAAGAGCGGCCGCCACAUCAUCGUCCUGGCCGAGGGGCGUCUGGUCAACCUGGGCUGUGCCAUGGGACACCCGUCCUUUGUCAUGAGCAACUCCUUCACCAACCAGGUGCUCGCUCAGAUCGAGCUGUGGACAAACACAGACAAAUAUCCCGUCGGAGUUUACUUUUUACCCAAGAAGCUGGACGAGCAGGUGGCUGCGGCUCACCUGGACAAACUGGGGGUGAAACUGACCAAGCUGUCGACCAAACAGGCCAAGUACCUGGGUCUGCCCGUGGAGGGGCCCUUCAAACCUGACCACUACCGCUACUAAAGCCCGGCCGAGGAGCCGCGACAGCAGGAACACGCGAGUCCAGACGACGACGGCUCACAGUGAGCUCGACGGCGCCGACGAUCACUGGACCUCAAACACCCGCGUCUCGCUUCAUCUACUCUCCUCACUCCUGAGAGACUUCCUCUUAUGUCAUUCCCUCGAUCGAGCCUGAAUCAGAACCAAAGAUCUGCUGGACUCACUCAGCACUCGACAGCCUCACCCGUGUCAGAGGGAGCCAGCAGAGUGUCUGAUUUAAAACAAACCAAGGUCUUAUAUUUUAGCUUUUGAUUUAAUUUAAUUGCCCCUUUACGGCCACAAGAGCAGGGACUGCCCCCUACAGGUCGGUGGUGACGGUUACAGUCCAGAGUUGAAAAGUGAAAAUAAACGUCGACUCUGAAAACA